CACCUACAUCACUCUCUCUCGGUACUAUGGACUUCUCCCACUUCUUCUCCGCCUCUUCCUCAGGGAAGAAGAAGAAGUCGACCGCCAGCAAACGGCAGCAUGUGGACAGCGCAAACACGCCCAGGUACCUCGGCGUGCGGCGGCGGCAGUGGGGACGGUACGCGGCGGAGAUCCGUGACCCGGCGACCAAGGAGCGGCACUGGCUCGGCACGUUCGACACGGCGGAGGAGGCAGCCAUCGCCUACGACCGCGCCGCACGCACCAUCCGCGGCGCCCAAGCCCGGACCAACUUUGCGUACCCGGACCUCCCACCGGGCUCCUCCCUCACCCCUUACCUCUCCCCCGACCUCUCCGCCGACCAGCUCCAGCACCUUUACGCCAACCCUCUCCCCGCGGUGCAAACGCCGGCUCAGGCAGCUGAUCAUGGCAUUGCUGGAAACGAGUCGUCGUACCACAGGGCGGCCAUGCCCUACGGCGACGAUUCAAAUGCAGGCGGCGGCGGCGGCAAUGCUGGCUUGGACAUGUUCGGCGGGAACGUCGCCGGCGAUGGGUCAUGGUGCCACGCGUCGGAGCUGGAGUUCGAUGCGUACGACGCGAGCGAGUCCCACUCCCACGGGGUGUACUUCGACGAUGGCUACGUGCACAGCCCGAUGUUCUCGCCGAUGCCAGCGGCCGACGAGGUCGACGGCUUCCAGCUCGGCGGGUCGUCGUCAUCAUAUUACUAAUAUGACUAAUGAGGCGCGCGAGUGGAAGGAAAUGUUCCGGUGACAGCAUCACGACGGCUCACCGGAUCGAUCGGCGCCCGCCGGACAACUAUAUAUAUGCGUCCGGUGUGGCGAGUGGCGUCAUGUGCGCCCUGCUUAUUCAGGGUACUGA